AUGCACGGUCAGGACGACAGCUACGGGCACGACGGUGGUGAAGGCGACGAGGGCUAUGACUACGAAGAUCAGCAUGGCGGCGACGGCCAAGGCAUGGGUGGGGACAUGAGCGGGAUGGAGGGGGGGCAGGAUGGCGACAUGGCAUCCUUGGUGCAGCUCGUGGUCAAACUGGUCAUGGACCCGCAGCCGGGGCCUUCGCACGUCCCCAAACCGCAGCACGCGCAUUCCAGAUUCGCUCAGGAUCCUCACCACGCCGAGUCGAUGCAGCUCCUGGACAAGAUUGCUUGUGGGUUCAAGCCACUGACAGGAGGGAAUAUCAUAGCGGAACCUAUUCACGAAGCACACCUGGAGAGCAUGGUCCACGUCGGGCUUUUGCUGCUCGCUCGCCUGGCAAAGAAAGUCGGCAUGACUGCCGGCCACGAAGCUCAAGACAUGGGCGGUGUCCCGGGCCAAGGUCAGGGCUUGAACGGAGGAGGGCAGGGUGGUCACGACGGUCACGAUGGUCACGAUGGUCUUGGUGGUCAUGGCGGCCAUGAGGACGAGGACGGCGGCCACGAUGAGGACGAGGAUUGCUAG